AUGGUAGGAAGUUGGUUAUAUGUUACAGCUACUAGACAUGACAUUAUGCAAUUUGUUGGCUAUGUUGCUAGAUUUCAGGCCACUCCUAACAAUGCUCAUGUUCAAACAGUUAAAAGGAUCUUUAAGUAUCUUAAAGGUACUAUGAGUAUGGAUUAUGGCUUAUGGUAUCCUAGAGGCAAUGAUUUUAUACUUACGGCUUAUACUGAUGCAGAUUGGGGUGGUUCAGCUGAUGAUAGAAAAAGCACAAGUGGUGGUGCUUUCUUUCUUGGUGGCUGUUUUGUCUCAUGGUUGAGUAAGAAACAGGCUUUUGUUUCAUUAUCUAAAGUUGAAGCAAAGUAUAUUGCAGCUACGUUGUGUUGCACACAAAUUUUUUGGAUGAAACAGACAUUGAAGGAUAUUAAGGUAGAAUUUAAUCAUCCUAUUUCUAUCUUCUGUGAUUAUACGAGUGCUAUUAACAUUUCUAAGAAUCCAGUUAUGCACUCUAGGGCUAGACAUAUUCCCAUUAGGUAUCAUUUUCAAAGAGAACAGGUUACUAAUCAACAAGUUAAGUUGGAAAAUGUGUCUACUAAAGAACAAAUUGUAGAUUUGUUUACAAAGACUCUACCAAAGGAAACUUUUGAAUUCUUGAGGGAAAAGUUGGGAGUGGUUUCGCUCCAUCACUAA